GCUCUGAAGCGGUUGGUGUGUCAGGUUUCCAUGCAGAGCACGUGUGGAUAAUGUGAGCUGCAACGCUGCUGCCUGUUCCAGCCACUGCACGAGUCGGGAGCAUGGGGCAGGUGGCGUGGAAGGGUUUAUUUCUAUCCCUUUUUGAUUAUAAAACAGAGAAAUACGUCAUUGCGAAGAGCAAGAAGGUGGGGAUUCUCUACCGAGUGGUGCAGCUCUCCAUCCUGGCUUACCUGGUGGGGUGGGUGUUCAUUGUCAAGAAGGGCUACCAGGACACAGACACAUCCCUCCAGAGCUCUGUCAUCACCAAGCUGAAGGGGGUUGCCUUCACCAACACCUCGGAGCUGGGGGAGAGGCUGUGGGAUGUAGCAGACUAUGUCAUCCCUCCACAGGGUGAAAAUGUCUUCUUUGUCAUGACGAAUCUGAUUGUGACCCCAAACCAGAGGCAAGCCACGUGUCCUGAGGUAGGAAGAACUGAGCCCCUUGGCCCCCAGACCCCUACAAAACUGGGGAGUGACAGAAUUCCUGAUGCCCUGUGCUACAAGGACGGGGACUGCAGGGCAGGGGAGGCAGUGGUGGCUGGCAAUGGGGUUAAGACUGGCCGUUGUUUGAAAGACAGGGACAGCAUCAGAGGAACUUGUGAGGUAUUGGCCUGGUGCCCAGUGGAGAAAAGAUCCAAGCCCAAGAAACCACUUCUUGCCAGUGCAGAAAACUUCACUGUUUACAUCAAAAACUCAAUCCGCUUCCCCAAGUUUAAGUUCUCCAAGAUGAAUGUAUUGGCAACCAACGAGUCCUACCUGAAGAGCUGCCGCUACAGCACAGAGCAUCCCUACUGCCCCAUCUUCCUCCUGGGGAACAUCGUUCAGUGGGCUGGGAGCGACUUCCAGGAAAUGGCCUCAGAGGGUGGUGUGAUAGGAAUUCAGAUUGAAUGGAACUGUGAUCUUGAUAAAGCCCCUUCUGAAUGUAAUCCUCACUAUUCUUUUAGCCGUCUGGAUAACAAGUUUGCAGAAAAGCCCAUCUCUUCUGGGUACAACUUCAGGUUUGCCAAGUAUUACCGGGAUGCUGAGGGUGUCGACUACCGGACACUCAUUAAAGCAUACGGAAUCCGCUUUGAUGUGAUGGUGAAUGGCAAGGCAGGGAAAUUUAACAUUAUUCCCACUAUUAUCAAUAUCGGUUCGGGGCUUGCUCUCAUGGGAGCGGGAGCUUUCUUUUGUGACCUGGUGCUGCUGUAUUUGAUUAAAAAGAGUAACUUCUAUCGAGGCAAAAAGUACGAGGAAGUAAAGUCCACUUCCAGGAAAUCCUUCUCUAGUCCUACGCUGAAUGGGAAUCAGAGUCCUGACCAGGUCGGUGGGCUCUAGGCACAGCAAUGGGUCUGCUGGCUGGGCUUGUGUGCCAGGUAAACCCUGCAGGUGUUGAAUUGCACCAGCACUGGGAGGUGGAGAUGCCCCACAUCAGGUCUACUGUCUUAUUACCGGGAUUCCCAGAGGAAUGAAAGUCCUUUAAAGACUGCCCUUCUUUCCCUGAGAUGUUCUCUGGUAUCCUGAGCUUGCACCAGUGUGCCAUUUCUAUGGAUUUAUAAAAGGAUUUUAUGAAAGGAAAAAGAAGGCACCAAGUGAACCUUUUCGUAUCUACUGGUAGAUAUAUCUGUACCUACAACAGUCAGUGUUACCCCAAGGCUGCGCUUUGCUUCCAUGUGCUGGGAUGUGAAACUCCACUGAUUCUCUGAUGGCUGAAGCUGAGAUACAAACCACCCCUGCCUCCCAACUCCACUUGUCUUACACACGGGAGAAGAUGUGAAGCAGCAGGACUCAUCCUGUCGGGAAGUGCAGCAAAUUGCAGAAUUCCAGCAGUGCUCGGAGCCCAAGAGCAUGUUAUUCUACAAGGGCCAUGGCAGGGCAAUCACCUUUAUUGCAGGGUGUGUGUAACCAUUAGGGCUAGAAAUGGUGCUUUACCAGGAAAAGCCUUCCAACAGCUGCAGCAAGGAGCUGUGCUGGGCUCAGGAACAGCAGGAGGAGGGUCUGUUCAGCCAUGGCAGGGUCCUGGCUGCCUCCACUAGUGGUCACCUGAGAGCUGUCAUUUAGAGCAGAGAGCAGGUAACAGCAGGCAGUGAUUUAUAAUGAGGGGAAAGCAGGGAGACAUCAAAACAUGUAAAGCUGACUGUGCUCUACUGACACCAGUGUUCCAAUGGGACAGAAUGUCCUCAUUAGAUGACCAAAGCUGUUUCCUGAAUUUAAGCCUUCAGACCCCCCCCCAUUCCCUAGAAUAUUUCCUUUCUUUCUACAAUUUGUUUAAAACAAUUCCCACAAUCAGUGCUAUUAAUAAAACAUAACCAUCCUU